AUGCCGCCCAACAUGAUGACGGAAUCCUGGGCCAACAUUUGUCGCCAGUGCGUCACUGUUGUAGCUGACGUGCCAGCUUCAAUCCUGCUUGUAACUCUCCUGGCGACAUUGCUGGGAUUGUUUGUCCUGUUCUUCCUCUUCCUCUUCAUUGUCGCGCCGACCCCGCGAGAACCCCUACCAGAAGAAAAGAAGUAUAGGACCCUCGCCAAAGAUGGAGCGAUCACCAGCCCCGAACCACUCCCCUGCUGGCUCGAUGCCCUCGACGCCCACAAAACCGCCGCCACGCCACCCCAGAUCGAGCCCGCGGAGCUGUUCAUGUCCGUAGUCGUCCCGGCGUACAACGAAGAAGACCGGCUUGCGGGCAUGCUGGAGGAAGCCGUCAACUACCUAGAGCAUAUGUACGGCACUCUGGGCCGCGCUGACGAAAACGACAUUAAGCCCGGGCCCGUUUCGACCAGGUCUAUGCGCAAGCGUAAGCCGGCGUCGAACGGCCAGGCAAAUGAUGGCCCCGCCACGGGCUCAGCAUCGGACCGCGGAUGGGAGAUUAUCCUCGUCUCAGACGGGUCGACGGAUCGGACGGAGGAGGUUGCAUUCAACUUUGCGAAGGACCACCAACUGUCGCUGCACCCGAAGGGCUAUGCGGGACCGUGGACCCCCAAGGCCCAGGAGGGCGUGCACAUCCCGCCCGGGACGAUUCGCGUGGUCAAUUUGACUCAUAACCGCGGCAAAGGUGGCGCUGUUACGCACGGCAUGAGGCACGCUCGCGGUCGGUAUGUCGUGUUUGCUGACGCGGAUGGGGCGAGCAAGUUCGAGGAUCUGGGGAAGCUUGUUACGGCAUGCCAGGAGGUUGAGGAUGCCGGCGGCCGCGGAGUGGCUGUUGGGUCGCGCGCGCACAUGGUGGGCAGUGAGGCGGUAGUCAAGCGGUCCAAGUUGCGCAAUUUCCUGAUGCACUCAUUCCACAUGAUCCUAUGGCUGAUGACGCCGCCCAGGACCGCCACUGUCAAGGACACGCAGUGCGGCUUCAAGCUCUUCUCGCGCAACUCCCUGCCCUCCAUCAUCCCCUACAUGCACUCCGAGGGCUGGAUCUUCGACGUGGAGAUGCUCAUGCUGGCAGAAUUCGCCCACAUCCCGGUGGCCGAAGUACCAGUGGGGUGGCGCGAGGUCGGGGGCAGCAAGCUGAACGUCCUUCGUGACAGUAUCGGCAUGGCCUGGGGCCUGGCUGUCCUGCGGGCGGCAUGGUCGCUCGGCAUCUAUCGACAGACGUGA